AUGAUCGGCUUUGUCGUAUUCUCUGACCAAGAGUAUACAUUGGCAUCUCUUUCACCACGGGUUGACACCACUGGUCGCGACAGAAUUAGACUUCGCGACGGAUGGAAAUUUCAGCUCUCAUCGAAAGUACCAGAUGGAGUCACCUAUGAUAUUCGCCCAGACAACGAUGGGCAAAAUUUGGAGGUUCUUAAGUCUUGGAUUCUGCCGUCCGCUAACGACUUCAUUCCGAGCGAUGAUGAUCACUAUAAGCCGCCGUCGGGUCAGCCUGAGACUAAGAUUCCAUAUGUCUCCCCAUUAUUCGACGACUCUGGCUGGAUGGACGUCAAAGUGCCCCAUGAUUGGGCGAUAACCGAAUCAUUCGUCUCACGUUCAGUCACAUCUGGCGACAUGGCACGCCUGAAGGUGCAGGGAGUCGGCUGGUACCGUCGCCAACUCGAUGUUUCCUCGUCUGACGAAAGCAAGUUGAUCUACCUCGAAAUUGACGGCGCCAUGUCUUACGCCAUGGUUUGGCUGAAUGGGCAACUGAUUGGAGGUUGGCCAUAUGGAUAUAAUUCAUUUCGUAUCGACCUCACACCUUAUAUUGAUUUAAAAGGGAACAACAACAGCUUGGCCAUCCGUGUCGAAAACCCUCAGGAUGACUCUUUCUCAAGAUGGUAUCCAGGGGCUGGUAUAUACCGCAACGUAUGGCUCGUAAAGAUCGACAGCCGUAUUCACAUAGCCCAAUAUGGUACAACCUUCGUUUCUAGUGAGGUUUCUACAAAGUCUGCGACCCUGGAUCUAUCGGUGCGGGUCAAUAAAGCCACAAAUGGGACAUCUGACAUUACCGUGGUCACUGAGGUCCACAAUUUUGACUCACCGAGCGGAAUCCGCACGAUCAAGUUUGGUGCCAAUAAUGGUCUCGAGGUCAAUGGUCAGAAAGUCUAUAUUCAAGGCGUCAAUCAACACCAUGAUCUUGGAGCCCUUGGAACUGCUUUCAAUAUCAGAGCUGCCACCCGCCAGCUCGAGAUUCUGCGAGAGCUUGGUGUUAACACGAUUCGUUUGUCUCACAUCCCACCAGCGCCGGAACUCCUGAGGCUCACAGAUGAAUUUGGCUUUCUAGUCAUUAAUGAAAUCUUUGACAACUGGGCUGAGGGCAAGCGCGACUCCGACUUCAACCUUAUAUGA